UCCAUUACUCAUCAUGCUGUAAAUCGUGUUUUGCGCAAGCUUGAUUCCGAUCCCGAUUCGGCAAGGAUAUUCUUUCAAUGGGUAUUGGAAAACUAUCCUGAAAAGUUGACCUCUGAAUCCUAUAAUCAAGUUUUGAGCUAUCUCGGGUUAAGCGGAGCUGUUCAAGAGUUUUGGGAUUUGGUUGCUGUUAUGAAUAAAAAGGGUUUUGCUGUUUCCAAAUGGGUCAUAGAUACAACUUUGGACUAUUUUCAAAAGAAUGGAAUGGAUGUUGAUGCUUUCAAGUUGAAGGAAUUGUUUGAUAAUGACACUGUUGAGAGGUUAUGUAGGAUUAUCAGGAACAAUGUGUGGAGUCAUCAUGUUGAGAAACAAAUUAGGGAUUUGAAUCUUGUGUUUUCUAAUCAAUUGGUUAAGUUGGUUUUGUUCAAUUUAGAUUCCGAGCCGAAUAAGGCACUCAUAUUUUUCAGGUGGAUUGAGGAGACUGGACUUUUUAAGCAUGAUGUAUGCACUUCUAAUGUGACUGAUCGGUAUUGGGAGCUUUUUUUUAAAGUUGAUGGUGCCAUGCUGGAACAGGAGAUUUUUGAAUGCGAUGGUGUGAUGCUGGAACAUGAUAUGGAAAAGGAGACUUUCGUUAAGGUUUGGCAAAAUGGCGAAAACACCAAGAUCGAGGUGAAGAAGAAGAAGAAGGAAAACGAGAAUACGUCUUCUGAGAGAAUUCAGAUUAUGGAAUCAGACAUGACGAUUUCCAAUUUAAAGCUACUUUUAGAGGAAAAAGAACAAUGCAUUUUGCAGCAUAAAGAACUGGAAAAGAUGUUUAAAUGUCGGAUCUCACAUGAUCAUUAUACUAAGCAGGUUCAGAGUAUACUGCUAAAGCGUCUUCGAAAGAAAAGAUUUAAGUUGUCUCAGUGCUUAAAAGAAGCAAUUCAAGAUUUGGACACUGAAUUUUGCGACAAGUAUCACAAGCAGAAAGAACAUUUUGCAGAAACUGAGAAAAGAUGUCACAAAGUAUUUGCAGAUUGCCUUGAAGAAUCAACAAGGCAGCAGUUGAUGAUGCACAUUCAGCAGGGUCAAAUUGAACAGUUAAAGCUUCUAAGAGAGACAACAAUUGCUGUGUGGAAAGAUUUUGAUCGGGCGAUUCAAGUAUGUAAGGAUGUUGGUGAGACUUUUGCUAAGGUUUUGCAGAACGACGAAAACGCCAAGAUCGAGGUGGAGAAGCCAAAGGAAAAUGAGACUACGUCCGUUGAGAGAAUUCAGAUUAUGGAAUCAGACAUGACAAUUUCCCAAUUAAAGCAACUUUUAGAGGAAAAAGAACAAUGCAUUUUGCAGCAUAAAGAACCGGAAAAGAAGCUUAAAUGUCGGAUCUUACAUGAUCAUUAUAUGAAGCAGGGUCAGAGUACACUGUUAAAGCGUCUAAUAAACAAAAUAUUUAGCAUGUCCGAGGACUUUGAAGCAGUAAUAAGAGGAUUGGAGAGUAAUUUUCACGACAAGUGUCAGAAGCAGGAAAAACAUUUUGCAGAAACUGAGGAAAGGUGUCGCAAAAUAAUUGCAGAUUGCAGUGAAGAAUCAACAAGGCAGCAGUUGAUGAUGCACAUUCAGCAGUGUCACAGUGAACAGUUAAACCAUCUUAGAGAGACAACAAUUGCUGUGUGGAAUGAUUUUGAUGGGGUGAUGCAAGCAAUGCUGAACUUUUUAUAUACAGAUUAUGGUGUGAUGCUGGAAGAGGAGAUGUUAGAGCUGACAGGAGACUCCGAAAGCAGCUCUAAUUCUGACUAAACAUGAUGAGGGUCAGAAGCUGGAAGAGGAGUGAAGCUUUCUAACUUUUUAUUUAAUGGUCAAAACUAUCCUUAAUUUAUUUUAAUAUUCCAAUAUUAUCCCUAUCAUAAUUUGUAUUGUUAAAUUAUCAUUGUUGUUUCUUAUGAAUAAAUAAGUGACUU